CCGGGGUCUCCGCGGCUGGGGUGCGGUGGGCACCGGUGGCCCCCGGGGAUCGGGGGGAGGCCCUUCGUCCGCCGCGGCCGGUGCUCGUCGCGCCGGGGCGUCUCCUGCCAGGCCGGCUUGGAAAGGCGGUGCCUCCCCACGCGCGUCCCUGCGCGUCCCCGGCCGCGAGCCCUGGGCAGGCGCGGUCGGAGCGCCGGGACCCACGGCGGGUCGGGGAGCGUCCGGCGAGUGUCCGCGGCGUGACCCGAUUGCUGGGCUUGUGUCGCCCCUCCACCCUGGCUCCACCCAGCUCGCCUCUGCCUUUAUCAGGAGGGUUUUUCCGAGGGUCCUCCACUAACGAGAACCCCCAAACAACUUUGACAGUAGCUGGCGGGGUGGGCACCGCGUUGCCUCAAGGCCUUGUCUCUGACCUGGACCCACGUCUGCCCCUUGGAACAACAGCCCAUUCACGAUUUCUGGGUCUCAGGCUUUUCAUCUGAAAAUGAGGGAAUGGAAAGAAGUGACCUUUUCUGCCCUAGCCCGGAGGCUUUUUGCUGUCAUCAAAACAAUUUGAUGCUGAGUGGGAGCUACAGGAUGAUGAUGAAGGUGCCCCUUCCUCCUGCGGGUAAAUGUGAGUGCGUGGCAGGGAGAGCUGCAGUGCUCGGCGGGAAACUGCUGAGUCCUGUUUCAGUUAUAUAGGAAACACACUCUGGCCUUAGAUGAUCAUGAAUUCCUAGUUCCUAUCAAGAGAGGAAAGGAUUUUCGGUGCAGCGUGAAUAUACCAGUUGAAGUUCGUUUGUCCCCAAGUCCACAGAUCCUGGUUCCACACAAAUAAGCCUGCUCGUGUGAGAUAAGAAAGGCGUUCCCAGAAGCAGAAAUUCAUUCCUAGUGUGAAAGACCUCACACCAGAGCUUCGGGGCAGAAGCAGAGGCUGCAGGACAGAACAAAUCUCAGACUUGCUACUCAUCUUGCAGCAAAAAUGACCAUGUUACAGGGGUCGUUCUCAUUUGAAGAUUUAUCUGUGGACUUCACCCAGAAGGAAUGGCAGCUACUGGACCCCUAUCAGAAGGACUUAUACAAGGAUGUCAUGUUGGAGAACUAUAGCAGCCUCGUGUCACUGGGGUAUGAAGUUAUGAAACCUGGUGUCAUCCUCAAGUUGGAGCACGGAGAAGAGCCGUGGACAGGAGAUGGAGAAAUUCCAGGUUCAGACUCUCCAGAACAAGUCUUGCAAGUAAAUGGUCACAUCACUUGGCACAAGGAUAACCAAGAGAAGCUUAAAAAUAUGAAACAAGAUCAACAAUGUGAUGCACUUGGAAAAAAUUUCAAUCUGAGCAUGAACUUUGUUCCUUUAAGGAAAUCAAACAGUGAAGAUGACAUAGGUGGAUUAAUUUUAAAACAUCAUAUAGAUUUACUUAUUCCAAAAGCAGAUUAUGGUAAAACAGAACCAGCUGACUUAAACGUAUUUGAUAAAUUGUUUCUCCAUACCAAGACUGAGGAAACUGAUACUUGGUUAAAAUACUAUGAAUGUGAUAAGUAUGAUAAAGCUAGCUGUAAGAAGUCACAGAUUAUCAUAUAUCACAGAACCCGUUUAGGGGAGAAGCUCUAUGAAUGCAGUGAAUGUAGGAAACGCUUCAGUAAGAAGUCAAGUCUCAUUAAACAUCAGAGCAGACACGUAAGAGAAAUAGCCUAUGGCUGUGGUAAAUGUGGCAGAACCUUUCCCCAGAAGUCACAGUUUAUUACACAUCACAGAACGCACACAGGAGAGAAACCUUACAGCUGUAGCCAGUGUGGGAAAGCCUUCUCCCAGAAGUCACAGCUGACAUCCCAUCAGAGGACACAUACAGGAGAGAAACCGUAUGAAUGUGGUGAGUGUGGGAAAGCUUUCUCCCGGAAGUCACACCUCAUAUCACACUGGAGGACACACACAGGAGAGAAGCCCUAUGGAUGCACUGAAUGUGGGAGAGCCUUUAGUGAAAAGUCAAAUCUCAUCAAUCAUCAGAGGACUCACACAGGAGAGAAACCUUUUGAAUGCAGAGAAUGUGGGAAAGCCUUCAGCAGGAAAUCACAGCUCGUCACACAUCACAGGACCCACACAGGAACAAAACCCUAUGGAUGUAGCGAUUGUAGAAAAGCCUUCUUUGAGAAAUCAGAGCUCAUUAGACAUCAGACAAUUCAUACUGGAGAGAAACCCUAUGAAUGCAGUGAGUGUCAGAAAGCCUUCAGAGAGAGGUCCAGUCUCAUUAACCAUCAGAGAACCCAUACAGGAGAGAAGCCUCAUGGGUGUGUCCAGUGUGGGAAAGCCUUCUCCCAGAAGUCACACCUCUUAUCACAUCAGAUGACACACACCGGAGAGAAACCCUUUGUAUGCACUAAAUGUGGGAAGGCCUUCAGUAGGAAAUCCCAGCUUGUCAGACAUCAGAGAACUCACACAGGUGAAAAACCCUAUGAAUGCAGUGAAUGUGGGAAGGCUUUCAGUGAAAAAUUAAGCCUCACUAAUCAUCAGAGAAUUCAUACAGGAGAGAAGCCCUAUGUUUGCAGUGAGUGUGGGAAAGCCUUUUGUCAGAAGUCACAUCUCAUUUCACAUCAGAGGACUCACACAGGAGAGAAACCCUAUGAAUGCAGUGAGUGUGGGAGAGCCUUUGGCGAGAAGUCAAGUCUGGCAACCCAUCAGAGAACGCACACAGGAGAAAAACCUUAUGAAUGCAGGGAUUGUGAAAAAGCCUUCUCUCAGAAGUCACAGCUCAACACUCACCAGAGAAUUCACACGGGAGAGAAACCUUAUGGAUGCAGUCUUUGUCAGAAAGCUUUCUUUGAGAAAUCAGAACUAAUUAGACAUCAGAGAACUCAUACAGGAGAAAAACCUUAUGAGUGCAGUGAAUGUAGGAAAGCCUUCAGGGAGAAGUCAAGUCUCAUCAAUCAUCAGAGGACACAUACAGGAGAGAAGCCCUUUGAGUGCAGCGACUGUGGCAAAGCCUUCUCUCGGAAGUCACACCUCAUACCACAUCAGAGAACCCACACAGGAGAGAAACCCUAUGGUUGCAGUGAAUGUAGGAAGGCCUUCUCUCAGAAGUCACAGCUUGUUAAUCAUCAGAGAAUUCAUACCGGAGAGAAACCUUAUCAAUGCAGUGAAUGUGGGAAAGCCUUCUCCCAAAAGUCACAGCUCAUUAAUCAUCGGAGAACUCAUACAGUAAAGAAGUCCUAGGAAUGGCAUUAACACUAGUCUUUGACAGAGAUCUUAACCGCAUUGUACUUCAGAGGAUGCAGUUAUGGUAAAUCUUCCAGGUAAUAGUCGCAUCACUUUACAUGUCUGAGUCCCUGUUUAGGGUAAGAAUUCUAAGUGAGUUUCAGCAGGUUAACAUGUUUAUUAUUACAUGUUAAAAUGCAAGGAGGAGAAUGACCCUAUGAAAUGCAGUGGAUUUCAAAAACCUUUCAGACCAUACUCAAACCUUACACAGCAGAGAACUAACAGCAAAGAAGAAUGCUGUGAAUAUCAGGAAGCCUUCCAGAGAUCAAAUCUCAUUAGCUGUCAGAAACAUUCCCACUGGGAAUGAAUCCUAGUCCAGUGAGUUAAGGAAAACUUCAUGAACACAGCAAGUGAGGUAAUGUUUUCAUCAAGAAAUGAAGCUUAUUGUACACAAAAAGAUGCCCUCAGGAAUGAAAAUCGAUGAAAAUACUAAAUAUGGGACAAUCUUCAGAAAGUAACCCCACCAUAUUGUAUUCUGUGGGUAAACCUAACAACUUAAAAACAUUAGGAAUAUGUGCCCCUAGAAAUAAUGCUAUAAUGGAAAGCCAUGCAUUCUUUAUAGACAUGGGUACCAAAAAUACCCAAUUCUAAAUGAUAUUUAGGCAGAAGUAUGACGUUUUAAAAAAUAUGUGACUAAAUUGUGUCACUGGAAUAUCUAAAUAAGAAAUUUCUCAGUGGUAUGUAAUUAUGGCUUAUUUUCUUGUGUCACAUAACGUGUUUUGUAUUUAGGAAUUGUGUAUGGUAAUGUAAUUGGGAGCAUGAGAUGCACAUGCCUUGUAGUGCCUCUGAUGUCUGUCAAGACACACCACAUGCCACUGGUUUUUCUAUUUUAAUGUUAACUAUAAAAAUGGUAACUCAUACAUGUUUUGUUGCUCAGUAAGUAGUAUGGGUAAUAUCACCACAUUUCCUUUUCCUUAUGAUUUGUUGGUUUAUAAAAGGGUCUAUUGUUGUUACUGACCUUUCUCUUUAGUAACAAAAGCCAACAUUAUAUAAAGUCUUUUGCAUCUCCAGAGUCUGAGAAGCAGUUUAUAUAAAACCUGGUUAACAAGUAUUCAAGGGCAGAACCGCAGAACAGCACAAGUGACUCGUGAGCAGAGGAGAGGAGGUGUGUGGACUGCGGCUCUGCGCUCACCCUAAAUGGCGGGACCCUCUCCUCAUGGAGUGCGGUGCCCCCCUGUGUCGUAAGUGCCAUGUCACCCAAGUACAACUUGUAUUUUAACUUACUGUGAUGAAAUAGCAUGGAUACUGUGUGCUGCUAUUAUGUUUUUGGUGUUCUGUUAAAUAUCUUGUAAAAAAAUUAGAUGCAGAAACCAGUUAUUUGAGAAUUUUGUGGUGAGAAAUAUAUUUUUGAUGUAUUCAAGGAAGUGUAUUUUGCCUUCCUGCAGAUUUCUGUGAUUAGUGGACAAGUAUUAGGAAACAGGUUUUUUAUUAUUUCAUCAUUUGAAAUAUUUGUGUUUCACCGGCCUUUCACCUGUUACAUCAUGCACACGGGAAAGUUACCAUUGCAUAAGUGUGGUUCCUUUUGAAAAUGCAUGAACUAUUCCUGAGCUUAUUUAGAAUUUUGUAGUAAUCUCUCUAUAAUGUUGCUUGACAAAGUUAACUGUAUUUUUUGUGUGAUGGUGAAAUUCAGAAAAGUCCAGGAUUGGCCUUGUUUCCAAACUUGGAAAAAUCAGGCCUUCUCUCAUGCACAAGUUGUUUUAUCAGUGUGGUGUAUGGUACCUUUGAUUCUAGCAGUAUUUUUCCCUCUGAUUACCAAUUUUACAUGAUGGUUGGAAAAUUGGGACUUUUAAUGAUAGUAAUUUUAUGAACCAUUGUUCCAGAAUUUCAACAGCCAGAUAAUCCUUUUUUUCCACAUGGUAAUUUUUAAAAGUCCCAUUUCCCAAAUUUUUAUUCAUACUCAAAUUUAUGGACUUCCUACUUUUCUCCCUAAUACCUGAAGGUCAUUUUACCAGGUGAGGGAAACAGAACUUUGUAAAGGAACAAGUAGUUACAGUGUGGUGUUUUACUUUGUGGUUUUUUCCCAUUUUUUCCUUUCCAUCUAUCCUGGGUCUCUUUCCUCAGCCUAGAGGUUGAUUCGUUAGGUCUUUGAUUGAGCUCAGGAGUCUGUUGUCUAAACACUUUCUAAUUUUGCUCACUCCUAUUCUAGAUUAUUCUAUUAACUAUUAAGCACUUAAGCUUAGAACUUCCUUUACGAGUUGAUGGAACUUCAGCACUAGCCUCUUGAUUGAAUCCGAAGAGCAAAUGCGUUUUCUAAGGGUCUGGUGUUAGUCAUCAGGAGGGCUGAUGCUGGCAGCAGAGGUUUUGUUUAUCAAAAUACCUGAGGUGGAGACCCAGGUGUGUUGUGUAGAAUUCACUGGGAGCUCUCUCUUCUGAAGGGUCACAAGAGGGCUCUGAUUCUGAAAUUGGAGAUUCUUAGUGUCGCGUUUUAAAAUUACCUUGGUAAACCACAAAAAAAUGUGUCUCCACAUUUCCCUUCAUUGAUUCCUACCACAAAUGCCACAUCAAGAAGAAAGCCACUUUUAAAGUUAGACUGGGUUUACUUGCGGUUUCAUGAAGCACAGUAAAUUACAGUGAGGUUGAAUACGUGAGGGGGAGCAUCUCCUUUCCUUUCCUCUUUCACCACCCAGUUCCCUCCACUGGCCUGGGGAUGAUCCUGCAGAGCACAGUUUCUGUUGUAUCCCUUUUACUAAGUAGUAGAUCUUCUGGAGGUCCCGUCUGUGAAUUUUGAGACCUGUCUCAGGACUGCCUUGUGUUCAGCCUUUCUUUGUGGGCUUUGAUAUCUUCUGACAGUUAUCUGUAUGGGUCCAUGUGUUCCUGACAUUUUGGUUUCAAGAACAUCACUUGUAGAACCUCGAAAUAAAAUGAACCUAAAGAAUACCAGAUUUAUCUACCAAUACCUGUAUUACAUAGCAGAAUAUACAUUCAUAGACAUUUGGAUUCUACACUUGAGACCUCAGUCAUUUGGUCAUUUAUUCCAGCAAUACGUGCCCAGGUUGUCAAUUUCAAUGAGGUUGUUAGUCUACAAACAUGGUACCAACAAGCUUUCAGAUGUUGAGCACCUAGUCCUGGCCUACAUGCUGAUAAACUAACUCAACCAUGACCCUUGCAGCUGUAUGCAUACUUUUUGCCCCUUUACUUUCAUCCUUUUUUAGUCCAUUUUUCGCACUUAUACAUAGUAGUUAUUUUAAGAUGCAAUUCUGAUUAUAUACGCCUGUGCUGAAGUAUCGUGUGGCUAAUUGUGGACUUAAGGUGUAAUAUCCUCAUGGUACGUGAGGACUUUUACCCAUAAUUUCUGAAUACUUUAUCUUUCCUCUUACACAGUAGUUUUUUGGCUUUCUUGAACUACUCGCAGUUCCUUGAGAUUUCUACAAUCUCAUCGUAUGCUUUUUGCAAAUCUGCUGCCACCGAAAUGCCCUUGUUACUUGUUAACACCUAUUCAGCAUAUGUGAACCUGUACAUGUAUUUGUCACUGGUGAUAUUAUCAUUGCAUGUUUUAUCUUUCCCAUUAGAAAGCUUCUGGAAAGCUGGGACUAUCUUGUUUGUAUAAUUAUAGCAACUGAAGCUUUAGUACAUAACUGUGGGUGGUGUCAGUGGCUGUGUUUUCUACCACAUGGGGAAAUGUAGUCUGCAAUGAGAGAGAAGAGUGAAGCCACCAUGGAAGCAAAGUCAUGAGCACCCUGGCUGCGCCCCAGGAUCUGGUUCUUGUCUUGAUGUCCGGGUUCAUCUCUGCCCUUUUUCCUGCCUUGGUUGUUGGAUUGUUCUGUGAGAUAUCCCAAAUAUCCUUCUAAUAAAUCCCCAUGUUUACUUCA